GCAGCAGCUCACAUCGGCCCCGCCUCUCUGAGUCGCAACGGAGAACUUCCACGUCAAGUUUUUCAACUUGUGAAGUGGCCAGUUCACCACCUACACAAAUGGACAUGUCAGGAUAUGCUACACUCAAGACCAUAAAUAAACAUAGAAGGCCGCACUUGUCGGAGAGCGCGGCGUCGGGUUCUACUGAGCUGGACGACCUGACGUGGCUGCUGACGGACACGCAGCGCCGCUCCAAGCCCUUCUCCUCCCUACGUGACAGGGCCAAGUCUACCAGAGAGAGGAUGACCAAACUAAGUCUCCUUGAUUACGAUUGGAAGCCACUCCCCCUGUCGGAAGGGGGUCGGACUUCUCCUCCUCCAACAGCGCGCGAGCCCCCGCGCCGCCCAUCGCAUCCUCCCUGCGCUCCGCCGCCGCACGCCGCGCAUCCCGCGCACCCUCCGCCCGCGUCUCACGUGCCACACCCACCGCCAUACAUCGGCAUCUGUCUGCCCAAAGAUCUCAAGGAACUCUUUCCUAGAGAUGAAGAUGGCAAAGAAGACAGUGAAACUGAGAAAAGAGUACCAUUUGGUCGAACCGGGUUAAAUCUGUUCCCAGUGGAGUAUACCAGCACAGAUAACAAAACGAGUGACACGCCCGAACAUCAUGCUGUCCAUCAUAAAGAUGGCACACCGCAUACACUUCCGAUUUCAGUAUCACGGACUACAGGAGUGAAUUUAACAACUGUAACUGGCAACACUAACAAUAUCAAUUUUGAAAUACCUGAAGAUAUAAAAAUACCAAAACAAGAAAUAAAGAAUGUAGUUAAAAUUGAUACAGGAAAAUCGUACGAUGAUAUUAAAGUUGAUAAAACAUUAAAUUUGGAAAAAAUACAAGAAACAUCAACGGAAAAUAUUAAUGUUACAAAAAGUGAUAACAUUGAAAAAGUUAGUUCGCCUGAUCAUGUUGCAAAAUUCCUUCCAGAGAACGUUCCUAAGUCUGCGACUUUACCUGAUAAAGACUCAAAGGUUACAUCUCCGGAAAAGACUGGUAAUAAAGUAGUAGUCGAAGGUCCAAGUACCUUAGACCUAUCAAUAUCAGAGAAGGUCAAUUUGACCACAGGACCUGGUUCUCGAUGGAGGCAUUCAACUACUGACUGCUUGGCUUGUGUCAAAACACGACCGCCUUCGUCACAUGAGUUGCGUGAAGCUUUCUUUGCAGCAAUGGAAAGUCCAAGUACCAGCGCUCCUCCUGAUCUUCGGAGUAGGUCUGUCAGUCCAGCAAGCGAUACAUUGUGUCCUCAAGCAGAAGUCUUACAUCAUGUGCAUUUUAUGUCAAACCCCAUACAUCUAAGACAGGCUCGUUCAACAUUAAUAUCACUAAAGCAGCGCUAUCCUGAGGUAUUCCGGAGUCCAUGUGUCUACUCCGACGUCUGCGUAUUACUCGCUCGGGACACGUAUAUGUUGUGCGCGCGUCGAUUCCUGCAAGAACUAUUCCUGGAUGUCAGUUUUGAAUGCUUCGCCCAUGAGCCCACUAAAGUGCUAUCAAGACAUGGCGCGAUUUUAUCUCCGACGCAAGUGAAACCAUAGUGCUUUUGAACAUAGUGUAUUGGAAGUGAUUAAGUGUUCAGUGAUAGUGCUUACGUACAGUACGAAUUUCUUGGCUAAAGGAUCUCUGUUUCCUAACCCAGAGGUACAGUAAUAUCUAGAUAUCCCAAAUGUUAAGGGUAAUAUAUGUAAUAUAACAAACUUCAAAGUAUUAAAGAGUUUAGCAGAAGGGAACGACAUUUUUUUCCACUUGAAGAUUUCGAAUUAACAUGGUUCCAAUAAUAGAGAUUCCACUGUAUUGCGCUUUUAAUUUAAAGGAAGCUCUUAAAUUAUAUAUAAAUUUUAUGUUCCUUUACAUAAACCUAUGUACAUCAUACUUGAAAAACAGCAGUUACAUUUUUAUUAUUUGUAUGAUAUCAAUACAUUUUUUUAUCAUAUUAAAAAUAACUUUGUGAUGUACAUAUCAAGAAAAUAGGAAAAAGAGUCGAGAUAACUUUGCAUUAUCGGUCUUAAUAACAGUGUGUCUGUGUUAACUGUUGUUUUUCAAAUAAUAGCCUCUUAUUUAAGAAAAAAUGGUAAUGAUAAGAUAUUUAUACUGUACUGUCAAAAGCCUUAGUUAGGUUCUAUAGUUGCAGAACUAUGUUUAGAUUUUUAUAUCAUGAGAGCUCACAGCUUUGAAAUAAUCUCUUCUAUACUAUUCUUUAAUGAUAAACAAAAUGUUCUUAUUUUAUUCUAAAUUUUUAAUCCUAUUAAUUAAAA